AUGAAAAAAUUAAAAAGAGUAUAUACACAAAAUAUAGAUAAUCUUGAAGAAUUAGUAGGACUAGAUAUUGAUUGGCAAUUUGAAAGAGUUAAAAACUGCAAAGCUCAAGUAGUCCAAUUACAUGGAAC